GAGCUGCGAGGUCGCGACGUCCCAGUCCGCCGGGUGUUCGCUCCUGGGGCUUCCGGGGACUCCCCGCGCGGGCAGGGCCUGUGGCCUCCCUCCACCCGAGGGGCUGAGGCCGGAGCGGGGCCUGUGGGAGCGAACUCGUGGAGGCUGAGCAGGAAAGGGCGACCACAGCUGCGAAAGCUAAACCUGAGAAUGUCAUACCCGGGCUAUCCUCCCACAGGCUACCCACCCUUCCCUGGAUACCCUCCUGCAGGUCAGGAGUCAUCUUUCCCCCCUCCUGGUCAGUAUCCUUAUCCAACUGGCUUUCCUCCAAUGGGAGGAGGUGCCUACCCGCCUGCACCAAGUGGCUAUCCUGGAGCUGGGGGCUACCCAGCCCCAGGAGGUUAUCCAGCCCCUGGAGGCUAUCCUGGUGCUCCACCACCAGGGGGCGCUCCAUCCUACCCUGGAGGACAACCAUUUGGAGCCCCACCAGGUGGAGCAGGAUUUGGUGGGUAUCCACAGCCACCCUCACAAACUUAUGGUGGUGGCCCGGCACAGGUCCCACUACCUGGUGGCUAUCCUGGAGGACAGAUGCCUUCACAGUAUUCUGGGGGACAAGUUCCUUACCCUAGUCAGAUUGAUACAGAAUCCUCUCCCUCCUAUCCUGUUUUCUCUCCUUUUUCUGUGGAGUGUAGCAGUGAACCUGCUGCAGUGACUCAGGGAACACAAGGGACAAUUCGACCAGCUUCCAAUUUUAAUGCCUCAAGAGAUGCAGAAAUUCUUCGUAAAGCAAUGAAGGGUUUUGGGACAGAUGAGCAGGCAAUAGUGGAUGUUGUGUCCACCCGUUCCAAUGAUCAAAGGCAACAAAUUAAAGCAGCUUUUAAGACCAUGUAUGGCAAGGAUUUAAUCAAAGAUCUCAAGUCAGAGCUCAGUGGAAAUAUGGAAGAACUGAUCCUUGCCCUGUUUAUGCCGCCUACAUAUUAUGAUGCCUGGAGUUUACGGAAUGCAAUGAAGGGAGCAGGAACUCAGGAAAGUGUGUUGAUUGAAAUUUUGUGCACAAGAACAAAUAAAGAAAUACAAGAAAUUGUAAGAUGUUAUCAAUCAGAAUUUGGACGAGACCUUGAGAAGGACAUUAGAUCAGAUACAUCAGGACAUUUUGAACGUUUACUUGUAUCCAUGUGUCAGGGGAAUCGUGAUGAGAACCAGAGUGUUAACCAUCAGUUGGCUCAGGAAGAUGCUCAGCGUCUGUAUCAAGCUGGUGAAGGGAAACUUGGGACCGAUGAAUCUUGCUUUAACAUGAUUCUUGCCACAAGAAGCUUUCCACAGCUGAAAGCUACCAUGGAGGCUUAUUCUAGGAUAGCUAAUCGAAAUUUUUUGAGUAGUAUUGAUCGUGAGUUUUCUGGAAAUGUGGAACGUGGCUUGAAGACCAUCUUGCAGUGUGCUCUGGACCGCUCUGCCCUCUUCGCUGAGAAGCUCUACUAUUCUAUGAAAGGUGCUGGCACAGAUGACUCCACUCUGGUCAGGAUUGUGGUCACUCGAAGUGAGAUUGAUCUUGUACAAAUAAAACAGAUAUUCAAUCAGAUGUAUCAGAAGACCCUGGGCACAAUGAUUGCAAGUGACACGAGUGGAGAUUACCGAAGGCUGCUUCUGGCCAUUGUGGGUCAGUAGGAGGGAUUUCUGAAAUGAAUGAAGGUAUUCAAAGCUUAUCCUUCAAAGCAGUGGUUGACCUGCAUGCUGCAAUGUCAGCCAUCUAAUCAAACCAAUAGCAUUUUUUACUAAAGAACUGUGUCAGGGUAUUGUGCUUGGUCUGCACAUGUGGUUAUUGCCUUAAUUCCAAUGUGAUUUUUUUUCUUUAUAUACAAUCAAUGUUAAACCACACCACACUAACAUAGUAUUAGUAUAGUGUUUGUAAAGUGUAGUUCUCAUAUUCUUCUUCUAAUGUGGGUAUGAAAUUGAAUAAAAAUCAAACCAAUUUCA